UGAGAGGAAAUGCAAAUGACACCAAACAAUUCUGUCGCGACAAAGAAGAAGAGGAGGAGAAGGGAAAAUGACGCUGUAGUUACGCUUUACAUAUCACAGCCUCAAGCACGCGGGAUGCCACUUUGCGCUCCGCUCCUUUAUAAUGAUCAACACAUACCACAGCAGUGUGGCAUCGCUCCCGCCUCCGCUGCCGCCGCGCCAGGCUCAGGUGCUCAUCCAGCCUCAGUCCUCGUCUGCAGGCCACAGCAAGACCUUGCUGCGCUUGCUUCUGGGAGUCCUGGUGCUGCAUUUUCUGCUCACGGCCGGGGGGUUCACCUUCCUGUACUACACAGGCAGAACGGAAAAGCCGCCAUCAUUACCUGAAGCUACUUUUCAGAAAACUUCCUCCAGAACGUUGGCCCGUAUGGUCGUGGCGAAGCAAGCACACUUGUCAGCACAGGAAUCAACAUCAGGUUACCUCCGGUGGGACAUGAAGCACUCAGUCCUAAGCAACAUCAAUUACUACCGUAACAGCUGGCUCACGGUCCUGGAGUCCGGAGACUACAUGGUCUUCUCCAGGGUCACCUUCUCCAAAGCCGAUCCAGAGAAGCCGCUGGCCAGUGUGCUCAAGUUGAAGCGUGACGAGUCGGCCGAGGAGAAGGUGGCCAUGCAGGCCUACUGCAGCCUCGACCCCUCAGGGUUCGGGUCCAAGUCCCAGCUGUGCUCUGUCUCCCUGGGGGAGGUGAUAUCGCUGGAGAGGGGGAACCAGCUCAGCUUGUGGGUACAGGACCUGUCACAAGUGGACUACAGCGAGAAGGCCACAGUCUUUGGGAUGUACAAGCUUUGACAGUGUGGACGAGAGGAUUUUAUUUAUUCGAUUGGACAAACAUUUCGGGACAGCAUUGACAAGGAUUCUUUUUUCAUCUUUACAGCAGGGCCGAUGGACAAAUUUUUGUGCCAAAGCUCAU